AUGCUAUAUACAAGGAUUUGGAGAUUACAGCCUUAUGUUGAUCACUUCGUUGUAGUUUCUUCUUCCUCAACUUUUACCUCAAAACAAAAUAAUAUCACUAUAUAUCCAUUUGAAAAAGAAAUUCAAGCAUUAGGUGAUAAGAUUCACUUUUUUCAAGGAAAUCUCCCUGCUGAUAUUGGUAAUUGGGAGAGAGAAAGAAUACAAAGAAAUAGUAUUUUAAAUUUUACAAAAAGUUUAAACAUAACCGCAGGAGAUCUGAUGUUAGUAAGUGAUGUUGAUGAGAUUCCAACAAUUUUUGGAAUGGAAUUCAUCAUUCAGAACCCUCCUCCAGAUAUUUAUUAUAAUUUCCAUUGUGAUUUUUAUAACCACAACUAUAAUAGUCUUAAAACAAAUAAGUGGAGCUUUCCUGCUGUUUUUCGCUAUAGGAAUUCGAUAUCAAAAGAAUUAAUGUCAGAUACUAGGAAUUCUUAUCGAUUAAUUACGAACCAUGUGUUAGGAACACAUUGUUCAUAUUGUUUCAAAGAUAUUGAAACAUAUCUGAAGAAGUUUCACUCGUUUUCCCACCAAGAAUACAACAAAUAUCCAUAUACAGACCCUAAUUAUCUCUUUUGGACGCAUUAUUGCAAGAAGCCAUUACCUUCCGGAGACUUUUUAAAUACUCCAGCAGCUCCACAAUUAGAUUUAGUUCCAAAAGAUUCACGACUUCAGUUUUUAUAUGAUCCAAAUUAUGUUUUGGACAUUGAAAAGACAAAUUUCAAGAAGAAUGAACUCCCACAGCUUUGCAAGAAAAGAAAAAAGCGGUGA